AUGCUGUUGUUGCAACUGGUCUUGCUCACGGUUCUUGUCCCAGGUGGUGACAGUGACGAUGACUUCCAGGGGCCGAACUCCUUCCGAAUCAUCCUGACAACAUCUUUUUACAACCGUUCCUGGACACAAAACCUUGGCUCAGCUUGGCUGGAUGAGCUUCAGACUCAUGGCUGGGACAGCAAGACCGGUAGUCUCAUACACCUGCGACCUUGGUCCAAGGGCAACUUCAGCAACAGGGAGCUGAUGGAACAGGAAAGGUCAUUACAUGCAGCAUCCAUUGCAUUUCCUCUGAUAUUUCAGAACCACGUCAGUCAAUGGCAGCUUGAAUAUCCUUUUCAGGUACAGCUGGUCAAAAGCUGUGUGCUGCCCUUUGGAGAGGCACCAGUAGGAUUUGUGUGGAUUGCGUAUCAAGGAUCAGAUCUCGUGAGCUUCCAGAACACGUCAUGGUGGCCAUCUCCAAAGGGAGGAAGGAGAGCUCAGCAGGUCUCCAAACUAUUCAAUCAGUACCAUGUUGUCAACUUACGAAUACAAGCACAUGUUAAUAUCAUCUGCCCCCGUUUCCUCUUGGGUCUACUUGAUGCAGGGAAGGCAGAUCUUCAGCGGCAAGUGAGGCCAGAAGCCUGGCUGUCCACUGGCCCCAGUCAGGGGCCUGGCCAUCUGCUCCUUGUGUGCCAUGUCUCUGGCUUCUACCCAAAGCCAGUGUGGGUGACGUGGAUGCGGGGUGACCAGGAGCAACAGGGCACCCGGCGAGGCGACGUCUUGCCCCAUGCUGAUGGGACAUGGUAUCUUCAGACGUCCUUGGAUGUGGAAGCCAGGGAGGCAGCCGGCCUGUCUUGCCGAGUGAGACACAGCAGUCUAGAAGGCCAGGAUAUUGUCCUCUACUGGGAGCAACACCACCCUGUGAGCUUGGUCUUCCUGGCAGUGAUCGUGCCCCUGGUGCUUCUGGCAGGUCUUGCAUUCUGGCUCUGGAAGCGCUGGAAAUCACACUGGAGACCUCAGUGCACUGGCCUCCCUUUGGAGAGAGAUCCCAGCAGCCCAGGACCAGGACGUCCCUAAACCCAUCUCAGCA